AUGUCACAAUCCCCCUUGGAAGAACAAUUAGAGGAGUUGGCUGGUGAGUUGGCCAAUGAGGUUUCUUUCUAUGAAGACAACAGCGAAGCCGAUGAUUCAGGCGAAUCUAUUCUUGUCCAACAAUCCACACCAAAUAGAGGACAAUUUCCUCUGAAUUUUAAGAACAUCCUUCUGUGUCUAGUUAAGAAGAAUAAUGAAAACGAGCCUUUGUUGCCUUUUCAUAGACCAGCAUCAAACAUUUCCCACCCAACCUCUGAAUCAACAUUACGCCCAGAAGUCGAUACAUACGUAAGUACACUCCUUACAUUUUUUUGGGAUUCCGUGUUGACUGACACGAUCAGAGCUUGGUUUUUAGAUCAUCAAAUCAUCUUGUCGAUGAUUCUUACUGUUGUAAUAUUUGGUAUCACGAUUUUUUUGUUCGUCACCAACCAUCUUCUGUUGGUAAUGUUGAUGCUAAAUUUUAUUUACUGCAAAAUUGUUGCUCUUUUCGAAUUCGGACCACCAUGGGAAGGAGUUUGCAGUAAUACUUCAUGA